CGCCUCUCCCUCUGACGUCACUUCCUGCCUGGCUGUUCCUGUUCCCUUGGAGUAAAGGGGGUCCCUGGUCAAACUCUGCAGUUUGAUCCGCCAUUAAACACCAGCAGUAGAAGCAGCAGCGCUUCAGCGUCAGUAGCCCCUUCUGGAGUCUGUCCUCCCGGUUGACAGGCACGUGCCCAUCCAGACAAGUAACCCCUGGGAUACAGAAGGGACCUUUUAAGAGUGAAUAGAAAGUGCUAUUGAAAACUGGCAAUCUUUUCAUCAAAAGAAUCACACUCGGAAGACCCUGGCUGAAAGUAAACAACCAUGUUGUAUUAAAAGGAUAAAUAGUUGAAGAGAGCAAUUCAAAUGCCCACAGGGCAGGGCAGCCACCACCCACAUCCAUAUCCCAUCAAUCAUACUGGCUGGGAUGAAGAAAAAAUCAAAGAUGGAACAGCAAGACUCAGUUGACCCUGAGGUAGAAAGAGGCCCUGAUGCCAUCAAGACUGAGACCUGUACAGAGGAAUUUUCAGGGGAAAAUGUGCAGAAGAUCUUGGGGGAGAAUCCCCUCAGCUCAGAUGUGCAGCGCCAGCAGUUCCGGCAUUUCCGCUAUCAGGAGGCUGAGGGGCCCCGAGAGGCUUGCAGCCAACUCCACCUUCUUUGCUGUGAGUGGCUGAAGCCGGAGCGACACACAAAGAACCAGAUCCUGGACCUGGUGAUCCUAGAGCAGUUCCUGGCUGUCCUGCCCCCAGAGAUGGAGAGCUGGGUGAGGGAAUGUGGGGCCGAGACCAGUUCCCAGGCGGUGGCCCUGGCAGAAGGUUUCCUCCUGAGCCGGGCAGAGGACGAGAAGCAGGCAGAGCAGAAGGAACAGGGUCUCUGUGCAGAAAUAGGAACUGAUUUCCGUGAGGUAGAGAGGACUCCAUCGAACACCAGGCAGAGGCUGCUGGGUGAUGGAAUUAUGUCAGCAAGACCUACUAAAUCAUCUCCCCUUUCUGGUGGAGGAGAAGCUGUUGCUGUCACCCCAGAUCAGGAUCCAGUGUCUUUGGAGGAUGUGGCUGUGCAGUUCACGGGAGAGGAGUGGGCUUUGCUGAAUCCUGACCAGAGAGCUCUGCAUAGCGAAGUCAUGGAGGUGAUUUGUGGGACUCUGUCCUGUCCUGAAGAUGACAAGUGGAAAGCCAAGAAGAAGGGAGAACUAUGUGGAAAAGAGAGACGGGAAAGAGACAGAUCUGAACAGAGAAGGAAGCCUGAAGCAGAAGAGGAAAGGAGGAAUCAAUCUUGCACUUCUCAGGGCUACCAUAAAACUUCCAUCCGAGAAAAAAGUGAUAAAAGAAGCAAAGGAAGUAAAUAUUGUGGUUAUGUGAAAAGUCUCGGUUCCAAAAGAAAAUGGAAAGCCCAUGACAAAAAUCAGAAAGGGGAGAAACGAAAUAAACGCCUGGAAUGUGGAAAGGGCUUCAGUAGAAGUUCCUCUCUCACUUUGCAUCGAAGAAUUCACACUGGGGAUAAACCAUAUAAGUGCUUAGAAUGUGGAAAAAGCUUCACUGGGAAGGUAUCUCUCAUUGCCCACCAAACAAUUCACACUGGGGAGAAACCAUACAAGUGCUUAGAAUGUGGAAAAAGUUUCAGCUGGAAGGUAUCUCUCACUACCCAUCAACGAAUUCACACUGGGGGAAAACCAUAUAAAUGCUUUGAAUGUGGAAAGAACUUGAGUACCAAGAGAAGUCUCACUUCCCAUCAAACAAUUCACACUGGGGAGAAACCAUAUAAGUGCUUAGAAUGUAGAAAAAGUUUCAGCUGGAAGGCAUCUCUCACUACCCAUCAAAGAAUUCACACCGGGGGGAAACCAUAUAAAUGCUUUGAUUGUGGAAAGAACUUGAGCAGCACAAAAAGUCUCACUUUGCAUCAAAUGAUUCACACUGGGGAUAAACCAUAUAAGUGCUUAGAAUGCGGAAAAAGCUUCACUGGGAAGGUAUCUCUCACUGCCCAUCAAACAAUUCACACUGGAGAGAAACCAUAUAAGUGCUUAGAAUGUGGAAAAGGUUUCAGCUGGAAGGUAUGUCUCACUACCCAUCAAAGAAUUCACAGUGGGGGGAAUCCAUAUAAAUGCUUUGAAUGUGGAAAGAACUUAAGUAGCAAGAGAAGUCUCACUUCCCAUCAAACAAUUCACACUGGAGAGAAACCAUAUAAGUGCUUAGAAUGUGGGAAAAGUUUCAGCUGGAAGGUAUCUCUCACUACCCAUCAAAGAAUUCACACUGGGGGGAAACCAUAUAAAUGCUCAGAAUGUGGAAAGAACUUGAGUACCAAGAAAAGUCUCACUUUCCAUCAAACAAUUCACACUGGGGAGAAACCAUACAAGUGCUUAGAAUGUGGGAAAAGUUUCAGCUUAAAGGUAUCUCUCACUACCCAUCAAAGAAUUCACACUGGGGGGAAACCAUAUAAAUGCUCAGAAUGUGGAAAGAACUUGAGUACCAAGAAAAGUCUCACUUCCCAUCAAAGUAUUCACACUGGGAAGAAACCAUAUCAAUGCUCAGAAUGUGGAAAGAACUUGAGUAGCAAGAAAAUUCUUACUUCUCAUCAAAAAAUUCACACUGGGAAGAAAUCAUAUCAAUGCUCAGAAUGUGGAAAGAACUUGAGUAGCAAGAAUAUUCUCACUUCCCAUCAAAGAAUUCACACCGGGGAGAAACCAUAUAAGUGCUUAGAAUGUGGAAAAAGCUUCAGCUUCAAGGAAUACCUCAUUGCCCAUCAAAGAAUUCACACUGGGGAGAAACCAUAUAAGUGCUUAGAAUGUGGGAAAAGCUUCAGGUGGAAGGUAUCUCUCACUGCCCAUGAAACAACUCACACUGGGGAGAAACCAUAUAAGUGUUUAGAAUGUGGAAAGAACUUGAGUAGUAAGAAAAGUCUCAGUUCCCAUCAAAGAAUUCACACCGGGGAGAAAAAGCCUCACUAGGAAGGUUUCUCUCUCCAUCAAACAAUUCACACCGGGUAGACACCAUUUAAAUGCCUGGAAUGUGGAAAGAACUUCAGUAGAAAUUCCCAUCUCACUGCCCAUCAAAGAAUUCACACUAGGAAGAAACCAUAUAAGUGCUUCGAAUGUGGAAAGAGCUUCAGGUGGAAAAUCCAACUCGCUUCCCAUCAAAGACGUCACACUGGGGAAAAAACAUAUCAGUGCUUAGAAUGUGGAAAAAGCUUCACGUGCAAGAAAAAUCUUAACUUCCCAUUAAAAAAUUCACACAGGGAAGAAACCAUAAAAAAUGCCUGGAACGUGGAACGGGUGACAUGCCUAGAAUGUGGAAAUGGUGUGGUCUGUAUAAUCAGAGUAGUAGGCAGGGCUGUGGAGUCGGAGUUGUGGAGUCGGAGUCGGAAGCAAUUGUGGGUAGAGUCGGAGUCGGUAGAAAUGUACCGACUCCGACUUCAAAAUAAAUUUUGAUUGACAGAUUUUUUAAAAUAUAAAUUCAAAAUGUCAGAGAAGCUUCCCAUGAAGUCAGCUGUAGUUGAGCAUUUCACCAUAACUCAAGAUGGAAAACAUUUUGUGUGUCAGUGUAUGACACAGGACCCAGAUGAAGACAAAUGCUGUGAUGCCAAGAUCAGCGCAUAUUCAGGCAGCGAUAAAAAUGCUCCUAUGAGAGCUUCCAAUUUAAAAAGACAUUUACAGCCCUUUCCAGGGCUGUGGAGUUGGAAGCAAUUCUGGGUGGAGUCGGACAGUAGAAAAAUAGAGGAGUUGGAGCCAAAGGUUUGGCAUACCGACUCCACAGCCCUGGUAGUGGGCCCAGGAAAUGCUCCCAUUGUUCUUGACAGACGUGCUGUGGACUACAGCAAGAAGCUCACAGACCAUUUGUAGUCCACAGACCACAGUUUGGGAACCCUGUUCUAAAAGAUAAAAAUAAGGACUUCUACCAAUAAGAUAUUUGGGUCUGUUGAGGUGUAGUGGGCUGGCAGGCAAAACCUAGCGAAUAGCUGCCUGUAGGCAUGGGGGGGCCUGUAUUCCCCCCCCCCCAGCCUUGGGCUUCAAGAAGAGUCUAGCAUUUAGCUUCUUCCUAGCAGCUUGGAAAAUGGGAUCAAAUUGAUGGUCAAUGUCAGCAGUUAGCUCAGAGCUAGCACCUGGUACCUUAUCUAAGAUUGCUAACGAUUCCCUGUAGCAGUUAGAUGCCUUGCCAAGGAUCAAUUAUGCCUAUGCUGUGUGAUGCUGAGAAAGUGCUUCGUUUAACCAAAUGCUCUGAGAUCAUGCUCUGUAGCAAUUAAUUACUCACUGCUGUGUCUGUAAACAAGUAUCCUAUAUAACCUUUGCUGGUAGCCCAGUUCGGGGUUCAGACUGGUCAGCGUUUGUGCAGUCUGUUCCAUGUUUUGGAUACACGUGUAUGCUGAAAGUUACUCAA